UUCCUCCAUCUUUUUCGGUUCCCUGCAGCCCAGUGUGUCCCUUCACCGGAAAACUCUUCAGUCCGCCGUCUCCAGUUCCACCUGCUAAAAUGUCCAAGCCCAGAGUCUUCUUUGACGUAGCCGCUGAUGGCGCACCCGUAGGCCGGGUUGUGAUGGAGCUCCGUGAUGACGUGGUGCCCAAGACUGCUGAAAACUUCCGUGCCCUCUGCACCGGCGAGAAGGGCUUUGGCUACAAGGGCUGCACCUUCCACCGCAUCAUCCCCGGGUUCAUGUGCCAGGGCGGUGACUUCACCAACCACAAUGGAACUGGUGGAAAGUCCAUCUAUGGCAACAAGUUUGGUGACGAGAACUUCUCCCUGAAGCACACCGGCCCCGGCAUCCUGUCCAUGGCCAACGCCGGACCAAACACCAACGGGUCCCAGUUCUUCAUCUGCACGGCCCAGACAGCAUGGCUGGAUGGGAAGCACGUGGUGUUUGGCGCUGUGGUUGAGGGGCUGGAUGUCGUAAAGAAGAUGGAGUCCUACGGCAGCCAGAGCGGCAAAACCAAAGCCAAGAUCACCAUCUCUGACUGUGGGCAGCUCUGAGCUCCAGCACUUAACCCUUUCUGCUUGUCCUGUAGCCACUCCCCUUUAGGCUCCAACCCCACCCACUCCUCAACAUUCCUAUUGAUGGAGAUUCAACUGAACCCCCCCUCCCUCCCCGUCCUUUUUUUAUUUUGUUGUUGUUGAAAUCAUGUUGCUGCAUUUGUGACUUUGCCUUUGAAAGUUUCUUUUGCAUUAACGUUUUUUUUCCACAAAGUCCCAACGGUUCUUUGUUAAGUCAAAAAAAAGAAUAAGGAAAUAAAACAAAAGAUGCCUUGA